GCCUUGCAUUGCAUCUCAAAUUGUACGGCUAGGUUCGGUCUCGUGUGUGCCCGAAUGUUGGGCGCCUAUUUUCAGGGAGAUGACGAAAUCCGUAUAGACACCGUGAGGACUCCCUGGAAACGUGUGAACCACUACAAGAGAUCAGAACGUUAUCCGCCAUCCAUCACCUACACAUCAUGACUACCAACAUGCAGGCCCUCGACAGUCUCAACAAGUCUCUCUCUGAACUCUCCUCAAAGGACGAUAAGAAAUUGACGCUCCUUUCCUUCUUGGACAAACGUGAACGUGACUCGAAGCAGCCACUUAAUGUCCUUUUUCCCUCCCCUAAUACUCCCAAGACCAUUCCGAAUUUGGAGGACGCCAAAUACGUGAAAGCACUCGACGACAUUAUUAAACGUCACGGUCUCCAAAAAGAGAUGAUCGAGGUAGGGAGGAUACUGUCCAGUCGAAAACCCUUGGAAUUCGGUACGCCGAUGCCACCACCUUUGAGUCGCCUCAGCUGCGCAAACCAGGAUACUUCCAAGUCCCAAUUUUGCUAUAAAGACGGGACGAUGAGCUGCUCCGGGUGUCUCCUCGUCCGAUAUUGCUCGAAAGAAUGUCAGUUGAAGGAUUGGAGAUCGCACAAAUAUGAUUGUAGAAACAUGAUUAGAUCGCCUGAGUGGUCACCGGCAUGGGUCAGAGAGAAGAGAACCCCAAAGUUCAUCGACAAUGACGACACCGCACCAGGUAUGCCACCAGGGGCACCGUCCGUGUUCGGAAUGGGCUUGAUCUUAUGGGGAAAUACCGCAGCCAUCGAUAUCGUCAACGCAGUCAAUAACGAGGGCGUUGCAGACAUACGGAACAGAGACCUGUCACUGGCGUUUAUAGCUUCCGGGGAUCUGCGAAACGUCGUCAGAACCAUCAAUGAGCUACCAGGAGACUACGCCGGGACAAUCAAAAUAGUGCUCAACGACUUCAAUCCUAUCGUCGUAUCCAGGAAUCUCAUGAUCCUAUCCAUUCUCGGGAUUAUCGAAGACGUUGAGGAAGCAGCCGAACACGCCCUUCAUCUCUGGUACUCCAUCUUCCAGCCUCUCUCUUACGAGACACGUAUCUAUCUGUCCAUCCUUCAGUCCCAGAUAUUUCGGCAUCUUGACGGCACCUCCACUCAGCUAACGCCUUCUACCACAAUGUACAACAUGUUCUCCUCCAACACAGUUAGUUUUCUCCUCGAUAAACUCCGUCCGAAGGAUAUGGAUCCCCCUAUGGCCAAUAACGCCUUGAAUGACAUCAUGAACGCACCAGAGAGAGAGGACUACCGUGACCGGUACUAUGCAAGAAUGAAGCCUUCCCAUAGGCUCGCAUUCAAGCAAUGGCGUUCAUAUGGAUUAAUCCUACCUUUUGGCGCUAUCAACGCCCACAUGGCUAUUCCUAACCCAUGGGUCUUUACUCAAGAUGGACGUCUCAUGCUCAGCGAUAAUGCCCACCCUUUCGAUGGAUGGGACUUCGAUGAGAUGUUCAACGCCGGAAAGGCCCAUGGCACGACUGAAGAAGAUCUGAUAGGUUGUCUUUUCUUCUACGUCAAAGACCAGCUCGUCGAGUUUUCAAAACGCCUUCGUCGAUUCAAGAUACAGAUUUAUUCCUUUGAUCAGGACGCUAGGGACCUUCUUCCAACUCUGAAAAGCAGCCCGUCAUUUCCACAGAGAUUCGACCGGAUCGAGGUUUCAAAUAUUGUGGACAAGAAUUACGUUGGCAUGUCUGUUCUUACCGACUGGGGUCCGUUGCUAAACGAGGCCAACCCUCAUGCGGCCAUCAUUGGCCACUUUAUGAAUUGGCCUGUUUGGAAAGAAUCAGCGAAGCCUUUAUCCUCUUCGGCAAUCACUAAACAUGCGAUGAAGAGAAUGUCAGAGUGUCCAUUCGCGGGAUUUUCCCCAGCUACUCUUUCCCCUCUAGACCGGAAGGUACAUGAUAUGAUGAAAAACCUGAUAUUGUUUCACGACACGUCAAAGUCUUUCGAGGAGUACUUGAAAGACGAGAAGGAGGGCGUGAUCACCUCUAAGGCAGGACUCCAAAGGAGGCCACUCAAUAGGAUUGCGCCACAUCGCUGCUAUGCAAAAUUGGGCGUGAACCAUAGUGAACUCCCUCAUAUCGACUCCUCGGAACGAUGGUACAAAGUGGCAUGUCUUAGUGGUAUGACACACUACGAGCGUUACGUUGAAUGGGGACCAGUCAGUAGUCUUGGGAAAUGAUCGUGAAAAGUGUAGCCGUAUGUGAUAUGUAUCCGCUUUCAGCAGCGUAUUUUUUCUUGAGUUCAAACCUUGGCACCUCACAUUCCGGUGCAGGGGUGGUUAGGUAUGAUGGCACGUAUGAGCUUAGUUCAGUAUGAUUAGAAAUUAAUUCUUGGGAUCCUGAGAUUAGAUAGAUCAAAGUAGUGAUCACACAAAGAGUCAAACCCUGACAAAGAGCAGGCGAGUGAGGGUAUGAGUCUCAUGAAAGGUCUUACCGACC